AUGCGUCGUCCGCUGAUCGCGCUCGAACUCGCAAGCCUUUUCCAGCUAGUGCUUCUCGUCACCCAUCAGGAUUUUCAUCCACUCCUUGAAGCACCGCUGAAUUUGCCCGGAGUGCGACUACGCCUAUUUCCUUCUGGUGUUGCCUAUCUCUCUCAGAUCGCCAACAAUAUCCUCGCCGAACAGCUGCCUCGCAUCAACAUUCCAGAUGUGGAACAUCGUCUUCCUGGUGAUCAAGGAGGCAAUCUUCAUAUCACGGAUCAAGAUCUCAAGAUUCGCCGUGCCGAAAUUCAAGAUGUCUCAACGUCCGCUCCGAAUCGAAUCAUGUGGAUCAUGAAGAAUCUCGAUCUCGGCUUCAUCGGAGAUCUGAGCGGAGCCGUCAACAUCGUGGUCCCUUUUAAUCUGACAGGUCAAGCUGAAAUAGAACGAGCUCCUAAUGGCUCCGCACACAUCAGCACCAUCUCCUGCCACUCAACAAUUCGUGCCGUCGAAGUCAUUAACCAUAACGGAGGGCUGUUUGGAUUGGCUGUAACUGUUUUCAAACUGGCCGAAGUGCAAACUCGAAGUCCGCUAAGCGAAGCGAUUGAGACUAAUGCUAUACGAGCAACGAAACUCACUUCGGCCGUCGGAGGGGCAAACAUUGAUAAUCGGCUGGGAAGCACGCUCAGAGAAGAUCCUUUCUGUGGCACGAAUAUGGUGGAUCUCGCGUGUGCAGGAGAAAUCUCGUACAAAGGCCUGGGUGGGACGCCAUUUGGACCACCACCGAUCGCAUGGCUUCGCUCCCAAUCAGAUACUCACAUGUUGAUGCUGCAGAUCUCCGACUAUCUGCCUAAUUCCCUCUUCUACCACGCUCAC